GCAGCCGCAAGUGCAACACGAGCUUGAGGCGCCUCGCUAACAUGAAACAGCCGCCGCCGUCACUGUCGUUCGUCAAGUUUGCACGGAGUUACGCGACGAGGAGAGCUGUCAAGCCAUCCCCUAAAAUUGUAGACCCACUCACAACGAGUCCGAAUGCUGAAAUCGCUCAUUUCCCAGAUGGGCUAACUUUCAUCCAUCGGCCACCUCCGACUGCUCCAUCUCCAUUUUCAACAACAGUCCUCCCUGCUUCGCCUUUGUUGGCCCAAAGCACAAAAGCCAACACAGCCGAGUCAUCAAGCACUGAGCAAUCGACGCAAUCGACGGUAUCAGUACCGCCACGUAUGCGCAAUGAACGGAAGUUCCCUAGCAACCGUGUGCUUUCGGAAGCCGACUUUACUCGUAUGCGGGAACUUCGGGCCUCGAAUCCUUCAUACUACACACGCGGGCGCCUUGCAAAGGAGUUCAAUUGCCCACCUUUUCUUGUUGCUCAGCAAGUCCCUCUAGACAGACGGGUGAAGAAAGAGACAAUCGAAAAGUUGGAGACAGAGCAUGAAAAGAUACGCUCACAAUGGGGCGAGCAAAAGACGAUGGCGAUGGCAGUCAGAAAACGGAGGAGAGAAUUCUGGUAGAGGCAUGUGCCCUGAUGCCGUUUUCGUCGAUUACUUAUUUUUAUCACCACUCUUCAGUGAGGCGCUAAAAACACUAAUGCUGGAAACGGGACUGAGUUUAUUCUGUCGCUAGAACUUCCCUGGCUCAGGAAGUCACCAUUUAUUGCCGACUGCAAAGCAUCAUAGCACUUACCAUAAGUAUGAUGAGAGGCAAGCUACUGGUAGACAAGAACGUAACAUUCGUUAUCUGCCUCGUUAAUUGUAUCGGGAAGAACAGAAGUCACUCUUCCUACACGCC